AUGGUUGGGUUCUCGGGGGUUAUGGAUUGGCGUGUGUUCCGUGUCCGAGUGCGUGUCCGUGUCCGUGUCCGUGUCCAGGCCCCGGAGAGCAAGGCGCCGACGGCGGACCAGCAGGCGGAGGCGGGGACGGCCAGCCCGAAGAAGGCUUCGCCCGCCGCGUCUCCCUCGAAGUCGGCCGGCGGCCUCUGGGCCUCGAGCGGCCUGUGGGCGGCGCCGGAGAAGCGCCCCGCGGACGCCCCGGCGGCCAAGCCUCGCAAGAUGACGGUGCCCUCGAUCCUCAAGCGCUCGGGGAAGCUGUGGAAGGCCGUGGCGCCGCCGAGCGGCCCUUCGCCGGCGGCGCCCGCGGAGCCGGCCGACGGGGGCGCGGGCCAGGCCGCCAAGCACCAGCUGUUCGUGGCCCACGUGGGCGGCCCGCCGGGCGCGGCGCCCCCGUCCUCGGCCCCCCCCGCCGACAGCCUGGAGCCGCCCGCCGGCGUGGCGCGCACCAGCGUCAUCUCCGGCGGCGCGGCGGCCACCCCGCUGUCGCAGCUCCUGAGGGUGUCCGUCAACAAGACUUGGGUGCCGCCGCCGUCGCAGGCGAAGGGCGCCGCGGACGAGGCCCUGGCGGCGGUCACUCCCGGCACCAUCCUGCACCAACGCCAGCUGCACAGGUCGUUCCUCCAGCCGGCGGCCCCGCCCUUCGCCCCCGCCCCCCCCACCAGUACAAACGCGGCGGCACCCUCCGCCGGCGCCCCCGCCCCGGCCUCCGGCGAAGCGCCCGACGCGGCGAAGGCCAAGCACACGAUGGUGCUGAUCCCCGCCUCCUUCGGGCUGGCGUCGCCCUCGAGCGCCGCCGGCGACGCCGAGGAGGGCCCCAAGGGCGCGGAACCGCUCAAGUAUUACCUGGUAUUCGCGCCUACGUCGUCGGGGCAGGGCGCGGCCUCCAGCGCGGCCUCCAGCGCGGCCUCGGGGCGGGGCGCGCCGCAGCCGCCGGCGGAGGCCGCGACGAGUAUCAUGUCGCCGCAGCCCGUGUCGUCGUCCUCGUACCUGGCCUCGCUCCUGAAGGCGGGCGUGCCCCUCGUGCCCGUGGCCUCCUCGGCGCCCCUGACCCAGGUCUCGCCCUCGAGGAGCUACCCGCUCGUCUCCUCCGUGCUCGCUCCGAAGCCGCCCGCGCGAGGCCCGCCUCCCCCACCCUCCUCCGCCCACAGCCCCGCCCUCGCUCCCUCCGCCCUCGGCAGCGCCAGCGGGGAAGCGGGCGCCGCCCUCGACGGCUUCCUGCCCUCCAGCUCGGCCUCGGGUCAUCCUGCGGAGAACGCAGACGGAGGAACGGGAGGAGAUGGAGCAGCAGCAACAGCAGCAGCAGGUGGCGGAGGAGGAGGAGGACCACCUGCAGGAGGCGGAGGGGCGGCGGCGACCACGAGGCCUGAGCUGGAGUCGCCGAGGGUGAGCGCCAUCAUCAGCACGGUGCUGGGGGAGAGCUCGGCCGUCUGCUCGCUCCUGAAGGCCGUGUCGGAUGGGAAGGACGAGGGCAGGCCGGCGCCCAAGUGCAAGAAGGCCGCCCGGAGGAAGGCCUCCCUGCUGCUGGAGGCGACGCAGGAGGAGGAUGAGGAGGUUCUUCGUCCGGGACCGCUCUCCAUCAAAUUGAAAAAGAGGAGGAAGAAGGCUUCUGCUGCGUCUCCGGCAGAUAGCGCCUUUGGGAGUCUGGCGGUGCCCUGCUCCUCCAUGGCCGGCUUCAGGGUUCUUGCCCAAACUGCUGCGGAGCCGAAGAGCGCCGUUGAGGGCCCGAAGGCCAUCGUCAUCACUCCCGAAGAGAAAGCCCAGCUGGCCAGGGUCUUCCCGCAGCUGGUGGAGGUCAAGGAAGGGCCCAUCACACUGGAAAAUGCGCUGGGGGAACUGAUCAGCAUCCAGGUUCCUGUGGGGAAGGCUGGCGAAGGAGGCGGCCAGAAGCCUAAGAAGAGGCGCAGGCGGAAGAAGCUGACGGAGGCCAUGAGGGUCGAACUCACGAAGAAAGCCAUGAGCACCAAGGCAGAAAUACGUCUGAAGCGCAUCUGCCACACGGACAUCACCGGGCUCUUCCUCAAGACCAACAAGAUCAACAGGAGGUGCGGGAAGAUCCUGAGGCAGGUCAUACGCAACGGCGACAUCAAGAGGUACCUGAUGCUACGUGCCAAGGGCCUGCGCUGCAAGCCCCUCCCCCUCAAGGCAGCAACUGACCCUCGGAGAACCCCAAAAGUCGGUCCAGUUGGAAGCAAGUCCGACGCAGUCCAGAGGAUGCUGCUUGCUGCACGCACAGGCAAAGAGGAGGACUUGUGGCCAGUGAUAGGAUCCCCAGAGGAGACAACAUCCUCCGAGGCCCCCAAGCCCCAGAAGCGGAAAACUGGCAUCCAGCCCCCCCGCGCACCACCGAAGGAGACCAAAGUUGCCGCCGUCAUGAAUGAGAUUCUGAGAGAGGGCGAGAACCCAACCCUGACUCUGGGAAAAUCUCUGUUUGUGCAGAAUGAUCGUCUCAGCCAAGGGCAGAGGACCUUUGCUUCCCUGAUUGGUUACAAGCUAGCAAAGAAGCGCACGAAGAACAGGGCGCUGGACUCCCUUGAGGGAAGUCAGUUUCUGAUGGACCCCCGGCUCUUUGGCCUGAAGCCGAAACCAAAGCCAGGGAAUUCCUUAGACCAAGAUGCAGAUGGCUCUAAGUCAGCCAUGGACGCUCCCUCAUCAACCCCUGUUACUGCAUCGCAAACUGGUGCGCCAAGCAAGCAGGUGGCGGCACCAAGCCAGAGGCAGCCGUCCCACCCCAAGAACAUGGCAAUGCCUAGUCCCCCCCCUCUCUUGCCCCCACCUGGGCCCAACACAAGUGCACCAGCGCCCAUGCCCAGACCAGCCGCUCCAGGACCAAGCAGGUCCAUAGCACCAGUCCUGCAUGGACAGAGCGCCCCGGGAAGUGAGCGAGUCAUGCCCCCGCUCCACCCUAGUCGGGCGGCAGUCCACCCUGGGGCAGAGGUGAGCAUUGCCCCCAUGGCCCAGGUUCACAACCAGCCUCCCUCAGUGAUCCACCAGAGGAGAAUGUACACCCCUCCCCUUCCCCCUCCAGCCCACAUGCACAAUGCUGCUCUGCUGCCCCAUUCUUCACUGCAGCAGAACUCCUCAGCAACAAGGAUGUUCAGUUAUGAGCAAGCCAUGAGGAUGAGGGAGAGUGCGAGCCAGGGGGUUCCGGUGGGCUACAACAGGUACUCUCCUGCUGCGCCAGAGAGCAAUGGCUGGAGUGCCACCAGGCCAGGAAGUCAUGGCUCUCACGCACCACCGCUCAUGUUCAUGGGAGGAGCAGCAUUGAUGAAUUCUGUGCGAGAUGCAAGUAUGGUUGUGAGAGCGCAGAGGGCUGCCCCACCCCCCCUGUCCUUCAUGGGACCGAGCUCUGAGCCACUUGGGAGACCGUCCUUACAGAUGAAUCCCACUCAGGCAGCCAUCAGGCACAUGCACCAUGCUUCCUGGCCCAUCUCCCUCGACUCCAGCCAGCAGGCUUCAGCUGCGAGGAACUACGGAGUCAUUAACCACACUCGGCACAUCUUGCCAGAACAACGGCAAGCAGCCAUACCACACAACCUCCAUGCCCGCGCCCACCCCGAACAGCCCCCACCAGCUCUACCACCAAGACUCCAGGGUCAUGGCAUCAUUGAACCGCCUCAGCCCAACUUAUCACACAGUAUACAGGGUCUUUUGCUAAAUGAGCCAAGACCGCAAGCCUUGUUAGCAAGAUUGCAUGCCCAGGUCCCGUCAGAUCAGCAGCCAGUGAAUUUGGUAUCGGGUGCUCAAGGCCAGGGAGCGGGAGACCAACACCCUCCUAGUCUGCCCCAUACCACAAGAGAGUCUGCAUUGCCCAAACUUCAUCCUCUGCCCACAUCGCAUGCCGCUGUAUCAAAUUCACAUAUGUGUUCUUCAUCAG